AUGAAGGCCUUUACUCUGCCUGUUCUCCUCUCCACCGGCCUCGUUGGCAUUGCUUCGGCUCGGACCGUCCUGGAAGGCUGCGUCUCCUCUGCCACCGUCAACCAGUGGCAUCAAGCCAGCAUGAUCUGGUACGUCCCUGAGACCGGCGAGAUCUGCUCCUUCCCCGACUGCGGUGGUGGACGUGCUCCCCCCAAGUAUAACCAGCCCGGAUGUCCUCUGUACACCGGCACCGAGACCCUUACUCCCAGCUAUCUCCCUGGAUGGGGUCCCAAUGGCAAGACGGCUGUUGCCACAUCUGACCCGACUGCGUCCGCAACAGGUGACGAAACCACCGCUACGGACACCUCCUCUGCCACCACCGAGGCGAAGAGCUCCAAGACCAAGCACGGUAGUACCCUGAUCACCGCAGCGCCUACCUACUCCAAGCACGCUUCGUCCUCCCCUGUCGCCUCCUCUUCCGCCGCCAAGUCUUCUUCCGCUUCUUCGGGUUCCACCACUGUCUCUUCCGGCCCUGGCUCUGACUCUGGCUCUGGCUCCGGCUCUGGCUCCGGCUCUGGCUCGGGAUCGGGCUCGAAGACCACGUCCGCCCCGGGUGGCCUGGCCACCGGUGCUGCUAGCGUGUCUGGCGCCAACAUCGCCGGCGUUGUGGCUUUCGCCGCUUUGGUCGGUGCUGUGGCCCUGUAA